GAAGGGGAUUUGGAUGAAAGACUUUGCGAAUUGGAUCUUAGAAGUGAUUCAGAUGUUCCUGAUGUUCCUCCACCAACAGACAGCACUCCAGAAAUCCUCAAGAAGCCUUUAUCAGGCUUGUCUGCCAGAUGGAAAAAUUGGUGGAUUCGUGGAAUUCUCAGUCUAGCUAUGAUUUCUGGGUUUUUUCUGAUCAUAUACCUGGGAUCAUUUAUGCUUAUGCUUUUGGUCCUAAGCAUCCAAGUGAAGUGUUACCAUGAAAUCAUUACCAUUGGCUACAGAGUCUACCACUCGUAUGAUCUACCAUGGUUUAGAUCCCUCAGCUGGUACUUUUUGCUGUGUGUGAACUACUUCUUUUAUGGAGAGACUGUAGCUGAUUAUUUUGCUACGUUUGUGCAGAGAAGAGAACAACUCCAAUUUCUCAUCCGUUACCACAGGUUUAUAUCUUUUGCACUCUAUUUAACAGGAUUCUGCAUGUUUGUUUUGAGUUUAGUGAAGAAACAUUAUCGUCUGCAGUUUUACAUGUUCGCAUGGACUCAUGUCACUUUGCUGAUCACUGUAACUCAAUCUCAUCUUGUCAUCCAAAAUCUCUUUGAAGGCAUGAUCUGGUUUCUGGUUCCAAUUUCAAGUGUUAUCUGCAAUGAUAUUGCUGCUUACAUUUUUGGAUUCUUCUUUGGCAGAACUCCACUAAUUAAGCUGUCUCCCAAGAAGACUUGGGAAGGGUUCAUUGGAGGCUUCUUUUCCACAGUUGUAUUUGGAUUCAUUUUUUCCUACUUUUUGGCUCAGCAUCAGUACUUUGUCUGCCCUGUGGAAUAUAACAGUGAAACCAACAGAUUUGUGACAGAGUGUGAACCUUCAGAGCUGUUUCAAAUGAAGAAGUAUUCUGUGCCACCACUGCUUCAGGCUGUGUUGGGAUGGGAAACAGUGAAUAUGUACCCGUUUCAGAUGCACAGCUUUGCACUGUCAACGUUUGCCUCAUUAAUUGGGCCAUUUGGAGGGUUCUUUGCCAGUGGCUUCAAGAGAGCUUUCAAAAUCAAGGAUUUUGCAGACACAAUCCCUGGACAUGGUGGGAUAAUGGAUCGCUUUGAUUGCCAGUACUUGAUGGCCACGUUUGUUCAUGUCUAUAUCACCAGUUUCAUAAGGGGUCCAAAUCCCAGCAAGUUACUGAAACAGCUGUUAAUACUUCAGCCUGAGCAACAACUAAGUGUGUACAAAACCCUGAAAUCUCACCUGGUGGAAAAAGGGAUCCUGCAGCCAUCUCUGAGAGGGUAG